UUUGGGAUUUUGACCUGAAAUAUUCUAAAAAGUUUGGAAAAUUAUGGGGGUUUUACGACGGUCAGCAGCCUGUGAUAGCCGUCACAGACCCAGCCGUGAUCAAGACCAUACUGGUGAAGGAGUGUUAUUCCGUCUUCACAAACCGGAGGUCUUUUGGUCCAAUGGGAUUCAUGAAAUCUGCCAUCUCUGUGGCUGAGGAUGAUCAGUGGAAGCGAUUGAGGACUUUGUUAUCCCCAACCUUCACCAGUGGAAAGCUCAAGGAGAUGUUCCCCAUCAUAAGCCAGUAUGGAGACAUGUUGGUGAAGCAUCUGAGAGAGGAGGCAGAGAAGGGGAAGCCUGUCACUUUGAAAAGCAUCCUUGGCGCCUACAGCAUGGACGUCAUCACCAGCACAUCCUUCGGCGUGAACAUCGACUCCCUCAACAACCCAGAGGAUCCCUUUGUGCAAAACAUCAAGAGGCUCAUGAAAUUUCGUGCCUUUGACCCAAUGAUUCUCUCAGUAUUUAUCUUUCCAUUCCUUACUCCCAUUUAUGAAGCAUUAAAUAUCUAUAUCUUCCCAAAAGACGUCACCAAUUUUUUCAAAAAAUCUGUACAGAAAAUGAAAGAAAGCCGCCUGAAAGACGAUCGCAAGCACCGAGUGGACUUCCUUCAGCUGAUGAUCGACUCCCAGAAUUCCAAAGGAGCCUCCGCCCAUAAAGGUAAAGAUUGACGGGUGGGAUGCAGGGAGCUCAGAGGAAGAACAUUUUAAUUUUUAAAAAUUAAUUAUGGCACGCCCCUCUCCGUGAUUUGGGCUCUAUUUUACUUAAUGGCCACCCACCCCGACUGUCAGCAGAAACUGCAGCAGGAGAUCGACGAGGCUCUGCCCAGUAAGGCGCCCCCCACGUAUGACGCUGUGCUUCAGAUGGAGUAUCUCGACAUGGUGGUGAAUGAAACCCUGAGACUGUACCCGAUCGCUGGCAGAAUUGAGAGGGUCUGCAAGAAGGAUGUGGAAGUGUGUGGACUGAUGAUUCCCAAGGGGACAGUGGUGAUGGUGCCAGCCUUUGCUCUUCAGCGAGACCCAGAAUACUGGCCCGAGCCCGAGAAGUUCCUCCCUGAAAGGUUCAGUAAGCAGAACAAGGACAACAUUGACCCUUACUUGUACCUGCCCUUUGGAGCUGGCCCGCGAAACUGCAUCGGCAUGAGGUCCGCUCUCAUGAACAUGAAGCUUGCUGUCAUCAGAAUUCUUCAGGAGUUCUCCGUCAGACCCUGUAAAGAAACACAGAUCCCCAUAAAAAUAGGCAAGGACCCAAUUUUAUCACCGGAAGUACCUGUUGUUAUAACGUUUGAGUCAAGAGAUGGAACCCUAAGUGGAGCCUAAGACCCUCAUGUUUGCUCUUCACCGAAGCUGCCUGUCAGUACUGAUAGGCCUCAGUGGCUCCCGAAUAAAAUCAGAAGUGAAGAUGG